GGACUUAAAGAUCUCCCAGCUCUGUUCUGCUCCCUUGUCCGUGAGGGCAGUUUCCGAGGGGAUCCUAUUGACUAACUCCUUGAACAGUUGGAAGUUUGCUUUCCUAAAACCGAGAGUCCUGACUCUACUUGUCCUUUGAACACUUGCUUUCUCUGUCUAUUUUCCUGUGUGCCAAAAGUCCCUUUCCCCUUCUUUGCUUUCUGUUAAAAGCUUGGAGUCCUUCAUAGAGAGUGCUGUGUACAUCUUUUAUUUCCUCUGCCGUGUUGAAGACCACAGAGCCCAGGGACCCCACGGCAACAUGGACCAUGGGGACUCAGACGUCAGCUCCACAGAGGAGCUGUGCAGGGGGUCACGUCCCCUCCCCUUUGUAAAAUAAACGCAGUGCUUUCUCUGUCAGUUUUCCUGUGUGCCAAAAGUCCCUUUCCCCUUCUUUGCUUUCUUUUAGGAGCUUGGAGUCUUUUAGAGACGGUGCCUAGUGGUUUGUACAUCUUUGAUUUGCUCUGCUGUGUUGAAGUCCAGAGAGCCCAGGGACCCCACGGCAACAUGGAGCACGGGGACCCAGACCUCGGCCCCACAGAGGGGCUGCGCAGGGGCUGACGUCCCCUCCCCUCGUCUGUGAUGUCAUUAUGGGGCACGUUCCAGAGCCAGCAGAGAGGCAGGGGUUCUAAUAGGAGGUUGGAGGGAGGGCAAGGACACAGUGCUGUCAGCACCCGAGAGAGAAGCAUCUCCCACUGCCUCAGGCUUCGACGUGGGCGAUAGCUUGGCUCGCACCGCAUCCUCGUCCUCACCCAGGGAGAGGAAGAUGAAUGCUGUGGCUUGCCCGGCCUUCAAUGGGCUUUGCCCAGAAGGGAACCUGGGCGAUGUGAUCAUCAGCGUGGAUGGCGUCACGUUCAACGCUCACAAGAUGAUCCUCUCCGGCUGCAGUCCAUACUUCAGCAACUGCGGCAAUGCCGAGAUGAACGCCUGUAACGUCCCUGGCACUUCCCUGGAAACGAUGGGGCUCAUUAUGGAGUACGCCUACACCGGCACAGUGUCGGUCACGGCGGAAAACGUUGAAAGUUUGCUGAUCGCGGCAGACCAGUUCAACAUCCUGGGCAUCGUCAGACUGUGCUGCGAGUUCUUAAAGUCCCAGCUCUGCUUGGAAAAUUGCGUGGGCAUCUGGAGAUUCACAGGCUACUACCACUGUCCUGACCUGCGAGAGGCAGCCCGUGAGUUCAUCCUGCAUCACUUUGAGGAGGUGAGCAGGGUGUCCACAGAGUUUCUGGAGCUCUCCUUCCAUGAGCUGGAACGCCUGCUGGAGAAGGAUGAGCUCCCUGUGAAAGAAGAGGCCAUGUUGGAGGCCGUUCUGAAAUGGGCUGCUCAUGACCUGCAGAACAGGAGGCAGCACGUUGCAUUCCUGCUGAGCCAGGAAGGCUGGAGGAGCGGCCAGAAGGGAUUUUUCUUUGUAAAAGAAACUCAGCGUUACUGACCGUUAAGGCUUUGCUUAAAACUUCUGAACGCAUACGUGGGCAACGGUAUGAAUGUGUAGUCCCUAUUGCCUCUACUUACAAGUCACACAUGCAAAUCUGCA